CUCCCCUCUAGAAAUGCCUGCUCUCUCUUUCUCUCUUUCUCUCUUGAUUUUUGUUUCUUCUUUCUCUUUGUUUUUUCUUUUUUUUUUUUGAAAGAAAAAAAUAUAUAUAAAUUCUUGUAGUAUACCAAAAAAAAAAAAAAAAGAAAAACCCUCUUCUAUUAUAUAAACAAAUAUGGGUUGCUGUCAAUCCAAUGAAGUGCACGACGGAAAAGCUCGUACACAAGAAAUCGAUGAUCAAAUCAAACGAGAUAAACUAAACAUGAGAAACGAAGUCAAGAUGUUGUUGCUAGGUGCUGGUGAGUCUGGAAAAUCCACGAUUCUAAAGCAAAUGAAAUUGAUUCAUGACGGUGGCUAUUCUCGAGAUGAACGGGAAGCCUUUAAAGAAAUUAUCUUUUCCAAUACCGUACAAUCUAUGAGAGUCAUCCUGGAAGCCAUGGAAAAUAUGGGUGUCGCUUAUGCACAACCACAAAAUAGACAUCAUUCAACUGUCGUUCUCGAUCUGCCUUCUCAAAUAGAACGUGAAUCGCUUCCUGCAGAAGUCACUCUUGCCUUGAAAUCUCUAUGGAAAGAUGAGCAUUUAUUAAGUGUAUUUGAUCGAAGCAGAGAGUACCAAUUGAACGAUUCUGCAAAAUACUAUUUUGAUUCAAUCGAUCGUAUUGGCGACGUCAAUUAUGUGCCUACAGAUCAAGACGUUUUGCGUUCUCGAGUAAAGACAACAGGUAUCACAGAAACCACCUUUGUGAUUGCCGAUCUGACCUACCGCAUGUUUGAUGUGGGAGGUCAAAGAUCCGAGCGUAAGAAAUGGAUCCAUUGUUUCGAGAAUGUGACAGCCAUUAUUUUCUUGGUUGCUAUCUCCGAAUACGACCAAGUUCUUAUUGAAGAUGAAACAGUGAAUCGUAUGCAAGAGGCCUUGACCCUGUUUGAUUCAAUUUGCAACUCGCGUUGGUUUAUCAAGACUUCCAUCAUCCUGUUUCUUAACAAGAUUGAUAUAUUCAAGGAAAAACUGCCGAAGCAUCCAUUAAAGGACAGUUUUAGCGAUUUCCAUGAGCCAGAAACUUAUGUUGCUGCUAGCAAUUAUAUAUUGAACCGAUUUGUGUCACUGAAUCAGUCUGAUUCUAAACAAAUCUACACUCAUUUUACCUGCGCAACAGAUACACAACAGAUCAAAUUUGUCAUGUCUGCUGUCAAUGAUAUUAUUAUCCAAAAUAAUUUGCGUGAUGUUGGUCUUUUAUAAACCUUUUUGCUUAUUUACUAUUACUAUUACACUAUUAUUAUUUAUAAACUUAAUGUAUAUUUUU